AUGGCUCCCGCUCGGAGGCAUAUGUCUUUCGAUUGGUACGAGUCUACCACCGGCGACUACAUUGAGCCGGUCGAGGUGGAGGAGAAGGUGGCAGUGAAGGCAGAAAAGGAGACGAUAGAGAAGGUGGACGAGGAGGCGCAAGCAGACGUGACUAUUUAUAUCGCUGGAAAAACAACAAACCAGCGAUUCCGCCAUUCCUGGGCCAUCGCCCUAUAUGAUGGAUCGACCAAGGGCUUUCGCACCUACGAGGUGCGAAAGCCGUUUCGUCACGCCCCAUGUACCCUCAAGUCCUCCAAUGGACACCCUGGAGAGACCGGUGUCCAGUAUAUUACGCUGGGUAAGGUGUCCUGUGACAGGGGCCAGGAGCUCUCCGACCUCUGCGAGACGAUUCCAGUCAAGCAGUGCAACAGCGCAGCCUACGCCAAUAGGCAGUACGUCAAUGAUGUCGCGCGCUUCCUCGUAGCGGGAGACUUUGUGAGCAAGCGUGAGCGUGGAAGGGCUAUGGCCCACUUCACCAACUUUAUCAACGCUGAGCGUCAGCAGGUCGAGGCCGAACACCAGAAGGAUGAGCGCGAGAAGGCUAGGGUUCAAGGGCAGAAGGUUAAGAUUCAGGGGCAGAAGCCCACGAGUGAGCGCCAGAGCCAGAGCAAGGCCAGCAAGGACCUUUCUCAGCGCACUGCCUCCUUUCCUGCCUGGUUCCUUGACGGUGGCAACAACUGA